AUGGGAGCGUCAAGGAAGGAUUGGACAAGAAACUUUAAUGAUGCCCUCUGGGCUUACCGAACGGCUUUCAAGACCCCUAUUGGAAUGUCACCAUAUCAACUUGUCUAUGGCAAUGAUUGCCACUUUCCUAUGGAAUUGGAGCAUAAAGCAUAUUGGGCAAAAAGUUUUCUCAACUUUGAUGCCAAGGAUGUGGGGGAGAAAAGAUUGCUCCAGCUAAAUGAACUUGAUGAGUUCAGAAUGGAAGCUUAUGAGAAUGCCAAGAUUUACAAGGAGAAAACAAAAAUAUGGCAUAAUAAAAGAGUAGCUUCAAAGACUUUUGAACCUGGGAAAGUGAUAUUGCUCUACAAUUCAAGGUUGAAACUCUUCCCAAAUAAAUUGAAAUCAAGGUGGUGUGGACCCUUCACCAUCACUAAAGUCUCACCAUAUGGGUAUGUGGAGCUUUUGGAAGAAAGCUCAGGAAGGACCUUCACUGUAAAUGGCCAGAGACUUAAGUAUUAUCUUGAAGGGGAGAUAGAUUGCCAGAGAACAAUCCAACUCCUCACCUAG